GCGGGGCAGGGCAGGGAUGCUGCGGCCCCCCGCACCCUGAGGGGCACCAUGGGCACCCUGAGGGGCACCGUGGGCACCCUGAGGGGCACGGCGGGGCUGCUGGGGCGCUGCCCUGCCAUCGCCCUGCUGGGGCUGCUCUGCGACGCCCUGGGGCUCCUCUUCCUCCUCCUGGGCAUCUUUGCUCCCAUCAGCUCCUGGGAUUUCUUCGUUUACGGGGGCGCCCUGCUGCUGGCCUUCAGCCUCGUCUUCUGGGUCUUCUGGUACACCUUCAACAUCGAGGUGCCCCUCGGGGAGCUGCAGCGCAGAUGAGCCCGGCAGGAGCUUGGUCCUGUCCUCCUGGCAGCGCCCAGGGCAUCGCUCAGCACGUGGAGAGAGCCAAGGGAGGGAGCUGCUGCUCCCCGCGGCACCGGGGAUGGCACCUGGCACCACGGGACACCACACGACACGGACACCCUGCUCCCAAGGGAGAGAGGAAAGGACAGGAGAGGAUGCCAGGAGGGAGCAGAGGAAGAGGAGCAGCUCCCCACAAGGACUCUGCUCUGCUGCUGUUGCACAGCCAGCACAGAGGGAGCUGUGCCACUCUGCUGGGCUGGGGACACUGGCACAGCCACUCGGGACAGCCCCUGGGGGAUGGAGAGCCCCUGAGGAGGGAUGGACAGAGCCUGGGGGAUGGACACCCCAUGAGGGAUGGACACCCCAUGAAGGAUGGACAGCCCCUGGGGAGGGAUGAACAGCCCCUGAGGAGGGAUGGACACCCCAUGAAGGAUGGACAGCCCCUGGGGAGGGAUGGACACCCCAUGAAGGAUGGACAGCCCCUGGGGAGGGAUGGACACCCCAUGAAGGAUGGACAGCCCCUGGGGAGGGAUGGACACCCCAUGAAGGAUGGACAGCCCCUGGGGAGGGAUGGACAGCCCCUGAGGAGGGAUGGACAGCCCCUGAGGAGGGAUGGACACCCCGUUUGCCCCCUCUCCCAUCAGCCUGCACUCAGCCCCUGCCUGCUGCGGGCUCAGGGGGCCCAGCAGGAGCAGCCUGGUGGCAGCAGAGCCUCCUCCCUCGGUGCUGAGCAGGGCCACAGAGCCUCAGGGACCGGGUGACAGCUCUGCCACCCUUCCUGGAGGAGUGGCACGGUCCAGCAGGGCUCCCCCUGCACACCCUGGCCCAGAGCAGCCCAGUGCCCAGGCUGGGAGCUGCUCUGUGCAGGGAUGGGAGAGCCAGGCACCAAAACCUGUGGGACGGAGGAUUCCCUGAGGGAAAUCCGGCUGCUGGAGGAGCCAGGCCUGCUCACCCACGGUGCCAGGCACCCUCUGGGGAGAUACUCAGAGACCUCAGAGACCUCAGAGACCUCAGAGACCUCAGAAAUACUCCCCAGUGCCAAGAGCUGCUGGGGCUGAGCAGAGCUGCCAGGGCCAGGAGAGGAUUGAGCCACCAAGGGAGGCUCAGCAUGGGAACAGAGCCCUGGGGCACUGCAAAUGCAAACUGGACACUGCCAGUGCAAACUGGGACACUGCAAAUCCAAACUGGACACUGCAAAUCCAAACUGGACACUGCAAAUGCAAAC